AUGCCAGAAUACGAAUGCACCAGCGUUAUGCGCGAGUUUUUGCACGAGCUGCCCAAGUGUGAGCACCAUGUGCACUUGGAGGGUACUCUGGAGCCCGACUUGCUUUACCCACUAGCAUUGAGAAACAAUGUGACGCUGCCAAACCAGUUUCCAAAGACUGUGGAGGAGCUGGAAAAGAGAUACGUGAUGUUCAGAGACCUACAGGAUUUUCUGGACUUCUACUACAUCGGUUGCGAGGUUCUGCUCCAGGAAGAGGACUUCUUCGAUCUGGCCUGGGCAUACUUCAAGCGCGCACACGCCCAGGGUUUGAGGCACGCAGAGGUGUUCUUCGACCCUCAGAGUCACACCCCUCGCGGCGUGGCCAUUGAGACUGUGGUCGCUGGUUUCAAACGUGCGUGCCAGAAGGCGCUCGACGAGCUGCAGGUGACCUCGAAGCUGAUCAUGUGCUUACUGCGUCAUCUGCCAGUGGAAGAGUGCAAGGCCACGCUCGAAAGCUCGCGCGUGCUUUUCGAAACACAGCAGCUCCACGGUCUGGGUUUGGAUUCUGCAGAGCAGCCCUUCCCCCCAGAGCUCUUCACCGAGUGCUACGAGCUCGCGCGCCAGUUCCACCCUGACGUGAAGCUCACAGCGCACGCCGGUGAAGAAGGAAGCGCUAAGUACGUCUCCAAUGCUCUAGAUCUGCUGCAGGUCACCCGUAUAGACCACGGUGUGAGGUCUGUUGAGGACCCCGAGCUGGUGGCCCGCCUCGCUCGCGACAAGACGAUGCUGACCAUUUGCCCGCUUUCCAGUCUGAAGCUGCAGGUGGUGAAGGACAUUUCCGACCUGCCUCUCACGCAGCUUCUAGAGGCUGGCGUGCCUUUCUCCAUUAACUCCGACGACCCCGCCUACUUCGGUGGUUACAUCUUGGACAAUUACGUGGCGGUCCAGAAGAAGUUCAACUGGGACGCCGCGACAUGGGCCAAGGUUGCGCGCCAGGCCAUCGAAGGCUCUUGGUGUGACGGCAAGAGGAAGGACGAGCUCUUGACAAUGCUAGCUGCCGUUGUCGACAAGUACUCCGCACUUAUUUAA